UCGCCGGUCAGGAGGCAGAGAGCGGACGAAGCGGAAAGAAGCGGAAUUUGCGGAUACGGUCGCGAGAACAAGAAGCGUACACUCUCUUAUGCCGUCUUACGCGACGUGGGUGGAACGCGCUUGGAUGCGUGAAUAUUUUUAUUAUUCGACCGCGUAACAAUUCCUAGCGUGUGAGCGAGACUCCGGUCGCCAUCGAGGAUCAUCCAAGGUAACCAAGGCGGCGCACACCUUAGAUAGGGAGGAUGAGCGGCGAGAACGAGGUUGCGGAGACACCGCAGUCGAAGGACGAGACCAACGCGGAAUCUUUCAAGGAACAGGCGAAUCUGUACUUUAAAGAUCAAGUAUACGAUAAAGCCAUAGAAUUAUAUACAAAAGCCAUAGAAUUAAAUCCAUCGGUAGCUGUCUACUAUGGCAAUAGGAGUAUCGCUUAUCUGAGGAUGGAAUGCUUCGGAUACGCAUUGACAGAUGCAUCCAAAGCCAUCGAGUUAGAUAGAAAUUAUGUAAAGGGUUACUAUCGCAGAGCUGCAGCUUGCAUGUCUCUUGGCAAGUUCAAACUAGCCCUUAAAGAUUACAAUACUGUUGUAAAGGCGAGGCCCAAUGAUAAGGACGCAAAGGAGAGAUAUUUGGAAUGUUCCAAGAUGGUUAAAGUGUUAGCCUUCCAGAAGGCUAUCUCUGUAGAAGAAAAGAAAAAUAUAGCCGAUAUGAUCAAUUUAGAUGCUAUGGCUAUUGAGGAUGAAUACACAGGGCCUAAGUUGGUCGAUGGAAAAGUCACAUUGCAGUUUAUGCAAGAUUUGUUAGAAUGGUAUAGAAAUCAAAAUAAAUUGCAUCGCAAGUAUGCUUACAAGAUCUUAUUGGAUGUUAAAUCAUGGUUUAUGGCACAACCUAGUUUAGUGGAUAUUACAAUCCCUGAAGAUAGUAAAUUCACAAUUUGUGGGGACAUACAUGGUCAAUUUUAUGACUUGCUUAAUAUAUUUAAGUUGAAUGGAUUACCAUCAGAGACUAAUCCAUAUUUAUUUAAUGGAGAUUUUGUAGACAGAGGUUCUUUCUCCGUAGAAUGUAUAUUUACUUUAUUUGGUUUUAAAUUAUUAUAUCCAAAUUACUUUUUUAUGUCAAGAGGCAAUCAUGAAUCAGCAACGAUGAAUCAAAUGUAUGGAUUUGAUGGUGAAGUAAAGGCUAAAUAUUCUACUCAAAUGGCAGAAUUGUUCACAGAAGUGUACAAUUGGCUUCCUCUUGCACACUGCCUCAAUAAUAGAGUGCUUGUGAUGCACGGCGGAUUGUUUUCACGAGACGACGUAACGUUGCAAGAGAUCAGGGAAAUCGACAGAAAUAGACAACCUCCCGACGAAGGGUUGAUGUGCGAAUUGUUAUGGUCAGAUCCGCAACCGCAGAAGGGCCGAGCGCCUAGCAAGAGAGGUGUAGGAGUUCAAUUCGGACCUGAUGUCACACAGAAUUUCCUCAGGAUAAACUCUCUUGAUUACAUCGUAAGAAGUCACGAAGUGAAGAAUGAUGGUUAUGAAGUUGGGCAUGAUGGAAAAUGUAUCACAGUAUUCUCCGCUCCAAAUUACUGCGAUACUAUGGGUAACCGAGGUGCCUUUAUCACACUUAAUGGCAAAGAUAUGAAACCAUAUUUUACAUCAUACGAAGCAAUGCCUCAUCCUAAUGUAAGGCCGAUGGCUUAUGCCAAUUCUUUACUAAAGUUCAUGUGCUAGUGGAACAACCUCUAGGUAUUAUUGAUAAAUGAAAAUAAAAUAACUGAAAUAUAAGUAGCCCAAUCAAAGUGUGCGUAAUAUAUUUGAUACCGAAAUGGAGAAGGUAAGAGAUUAGGUGUGCUUCUCCACACAACAAUAAUUAUUAUAUUCUUUUUAGGAGAUUACAGGAAAACAUUUUUCCUGUAUUAAUAAAGUAUAUGCAGUGAAAAUGCAUGAUAUAUAUUGAUGGGUACAAAAAUGAAAAAGGUUUCGCUUAUUUUUACAACAGACAAAUCUACUUGACUUUUCCAUUUACGAUGAUACAUCAUAGAUAGGAAAAAGAAACGAUAUUGACUUUAAUAAGAAAAUAGCUUAAUAGUAAUAGCUCUCUCAUUUAAACGCUAGUGAUUUGUGUUUCUUUGUGACAAAAUAAUGCGAAGGAGAAACAUUUCUAUUUUGUACCCUCAAUCGAUAGGACCACCUUGCUCGUUAAAGAUAUCUGCGAGCGCGUGCACCAUAUAAAUAGAGAACAAAUUUAAUCCUCAAUAUCUUUCCACACAUACACAAUAUAGAAUGUUUUAACUUAUGAUCUAUUAUUUAUAUAAACGCAGACACACUCUUAUAUCGCGAUACUUUUAAUUGAUUCUUUAAUGACCAAUGGUGGGAAAAGAAAUAUAAUUAUUAUAUAUGAAAAUAUAUAAGUGCAUAUGCAUAUGCAAGUUAGCAUAAUUACGUAGUACAAUAAUCCAUCCAAUCACAAUGUACGCUUGUCACGUUAUUUGUGACAACUUUUUUUACAAAUCUAUCGGUGAUCGGAUGGAUUUCUUUGAUCUAACAUUUUGUUUUUUGUUAACAAUAAAUGAUGUUUAUAAUGUACAUAUAAAAGAAUCGAAUAUUUUACUUGCAUUUACAUACGAAGGUGACGAAAACAUAAUAAAUUACGAGUGCGAAAAUGAA